AUGGCAUCGCCAUGGUAACGUACAUUGCCAGACAACAGCUCUGAAAGACACGCGCAGUUUCACACAUUUGUAGCGCAUAUGGACGGUCUCUGAGAGAUCCAGGUUUUGUUAUGGUUCACUAGACGGUUGGCUAAAGGCUACUGUCAGAGCAGCUUCGUGUUGAGUUUAUAUGUUAGAAGAAGGCCAUCACAGCCGGGACACGUCCAUCACUAUGACCGUUUCAGUUGAAGAGGUGUCUUCGUCCGUUGUACGGGAAUUUCUGAAUCGAAAGGGACUCAAAAGGACGAUUGCCUGUAUGGACGAGGAGCACCCACGCACAGAGGCCAGUAUCAACAACAGAUCACACCUGAGGCAGAUUCUACACAUGGACGGUCUCUAUAGAAAUAAUAAAGCCCAGAACUCUCCCCUGAAAACAUUACUGGAGAUUAUUGUAAAGCAUCACAUCGAGGGCCUUAACAAUGAUAGUGAUCCUGCACAGUUUGCUCAAACUAUGAGCUCCAUUGGUUCUGCAGGAGCUAAUUAUCCACCAACAGUGAUGAAUGACACAAAGACAGAGCAGAGCGCAACAUCUGUUGUUAUUAGCAAACACGUCAAAUUAAGGUCUAAUAUAGGAGACAUCUGCUCUUCUAAGCCUAUAUAUACGUCAUUAUUCCCUGAAACAGACACACUGUCCAGUCAAAAUCAAACAGGUUUCUGGUCUUGCGACUUACAAGAACAAAAAGGCCAGCCUCUGGUGGCUUCCCUCAACAAUAAUGAACACUUCAUCAGAACAGAACCAGACAAAAAGGCCAUCACUGAGAGCACCCAAAGGAGCAGAGCUAAUCGAACUAGACGUGGCAUGAUGGCUGGACCAAUAGCUAGCACACCUCAGGAAUCAACCAAAAAAAGGCAGAAUCGAAGGCUCGAAGGGCCCCAGACGCUGCUCGGAAAAGACGAAGAAAACAGGAAGUCUAGGGAUGGAGUUUUUGUGGCUGGCGAACAUCAAACUGAAAUAAGCUCAGCUGACUGCGUAGAAGGACAAUGGGAGUUAUGGAGUGCACCAGAAAGAAUGCAGAGGGAAAACAGCUUUGAAAAAGUGCGACUAGACAUUCGGAAGACUACAAAAGUGAAGUCUUUGACCAGGCCAAAUGUGGCUGAUUUGGAUGUGUCUGAGAUGGUUUUAGAUGACAUCGAUGAUGAUGACGAUCUGAGAGAACUCUCCAAAGUGUUCUUUCAGCAAACCGUCGCAGAGCCCAGCUAUGCAGGCUACCCAAUGGACCAACACACCGCCACGGAAUUGAAAACUGUUCUUCUCGGUUCCACCCUAAAUUGUUUCAGUGUUGAAUGGAGAAAUCAGGGUUUGACAUUCUCAGAAACACAUGACCUGAGAUACGGAAUUGUGCAGAAAAAGGGUGGUCCGUGUGGAGUUCUGGCAUCCUUCCAAGCCUUUGUUCUAAAGAAACUGCUGUUUGAAAACACUGAAAGCAGAAAUAUAGGCCUUCAGAGGUUAAGACCUUCCAACACUACCAGGAGAAAGUGUCUCGUUUUAGCGGCGACUGAAAUACUGUGGAGGACUGGCGAAGAAAAACAAGCAACAGUUGCAAUAAAUUCAGGGAGAAAUCAUUUCACCCCAACUGGACACUACAAAUCUGAAGGAGUGCUUGAAAAGAUAACAUGUUUCACUGUGGAUAACAUCGAGGACCUGCAGUUGCUUCUGGAGCGGCAUAUUGAUCAGUUUGAGACUGGGGUGUUAGGAUGCAUACUGCUCAGCAUAUCUGCUGUUCUCUCUCGAUCCGUUGAAAAAGUAAGAGACGAUAUGGACUUGCCCACCAACACACUCAUUGGAGCCCAUGGCUACUGCACUCAGGAGCUGGUCAACCUGUUGCUCUGCGGCAGAGCAGUUUCUAAUGUCUUCGACAAUGACAUUGAGUUGGAUUCAGGCAAUGGCAACAUGACUCUACUUAAGGGAGUCAAAGGCAACUGUGAUGUCGGCCUGCUGUCCCUGUUCGAACACUAUAACAUCUGUAAGGUAGGAGUUUACUUAAAGACUCCCCGCUUCCCUAUUUGGGUGGUGUGCAGUGAAAGCCACUUCAGCGUGCUGUUUGGCCUGCAGAGGGAGCUGUUGACCAAUCAGGACAAAGGCCUGGAGUUUGACCUCUACUAUUAUGAUGGACUGGCCAAUCAACAGGAGGAAAUCCGCCUCACUGUCUCUGUUGGCCAAUCGGCCCCGAGCUGUGGAGAUGUCGACACUGAUCUCAUUCCUCCACUAGAGCACUGUAUCCGAACAAGGUGGAACGAUGCAUUUGUCAACUGGAAUGACACAGAACCUAUUCUCUGACUGAUCACAUGGUUUAAUGUUUUUAUUAUUAUUAUAGACCAUUAACCAAAAUUAAACAUUUGACAUCACCAAUACAGAUACUUAUAUUUACCCAUAUGUUUUAGGAUUGCCAUUGUUUUCUCUUCAUAGUGAGACACAGUGCCAGUUGUGUUCAUGACAUGAUGGCCUGGAUGUUAUAUAUCACACAAUGUAUGUGCAGCUGGAAGCGAUUGGACCCAAAGUGGGAUAUAGCAUAUCAUAGCAGCCAUAAAGUGUCAUGCUGUUGCCUACAAAAUGGUAUUAGAGAGAGUGCACAAGUUUAACAAUAAGCAUGAGGAAACUUAUUAUUAAAAUGUACAAGUUUAGAGGGAAAUUCAUACUUUUGUUGCUGGUGAAAUGUAAAUUGCUGCAAGAUGCUGCAUUGACCACAGUGGCCUUUUACUCUGUACCUGUACUUUUUACAUAAAUAUAUAGCAGCUUGUCCAUAUUCUAGACUAAAUUAAUAUGAUCUAUCUAUCUAUCUAUCUAUCUAUCUAUCUAUCUAUCUAUCUAUCUAUCUAUCUAUCUAUCUAUCUAUCUAUCUAUCUAUCUAUCUAUCUAUCUAUCUAGGUUAACGAUGACUUAAUUUCACAUCAUGUCUUAAUUUC